AUGCGCUAUGAAAACGUGUACAGGACGUCGCGGGCUCUUCCACGGAUGAGCUGGGCAGGGAUUAAUCUCUACAAUCUCUGGGCACGGUCACUGGGACCUGCGUCGGGACACGACGAGACGACGUUCAAGCGUACAUUCUUGACGCUCUUCCAGCAGCGAUGGAAGGCCAAACGGCUGGUCAGAGGGUAUCAUGGAGACUAUAUAGGAGAGAAAAAGUUUAAAAAGUGGUAUCUGCCAGAGCUCAUCCCGGAUGUUCGACCAAAACGACCGCUGGGCCUCUCGCGCACCAUUGAAUCGCUGCGUAUAGCGAACCGUACGAGAGAAGCCGCUCAUAUGGAGAGAAAGGCAAAGAAAGAGGAUGAAGAGCUCGCCAGUGCACCCGUCGGAAGCCUCAUGUUUAUCGAGGUCGAAAAGCGAAUAGACACCAUCGUCUUUCGCUCAUGCCUCGCGACGAGCGUAUACCAAGCACGACAUCUUGUCCUUACUGGUAAAGUCAAGCUUAAUGGUGUUGUGUGCAAACAACCUUCAAAACGCUUGGAACCUGGAGAUAUGAUUUCUGUUGAUCCCAACUCUAUAUCCUUUCUGAAGCCGUCGCUCGCAACGCCAGCUACAACACCAACCCUCGAAACCGUUGAAGAGGUUCCUGAACAAGAAGGAGCGGAAGCCUCUUCAGAAACUACGACAGGGGAUGUUGAAGGUGCUGCAGAGACCAGCGCCACAGCCGCGGAGACGGAUGUAUCCGCGAACGAUGCCGCUCCUACGAAUACCGCAAACGAAGAGCCAAAAGAGAGCAAGUAUCGUCGUAAACAAGAGGAAAAGGCACUGAAGUCGACCGAUACGCUGGGUUAUCACCUCGACUUGCCGGAUUACGCCGCGCCGUUCCUAUUUAUCCCCGCAUAUCUCGAGGUGUCCUUCGUGACGUGCUCGGCGGUAUACGUUCGGCACCCGACGGCACGAAAGGGAUACUCGGAACUGCCGACACCGUACGAUGCAGAUGGAGAGGUGAUGCGACUUGCGUGGGAGUGGUAUGUCAAAGUCCGACCACGGAUGCGCGGAAAGCUCCAGCGCGAGACGGGUCCUCAUGGAAUGAAACGGCCGGAUCCAUACUGGUCACAGUACCAGUCGAGUUGA